ACGUCGGCGCCCUGCGCCAUCAGCCUGCGGGGACACGCGGGUCGGGCCGGGCCGGGUGCGGGUGCCCCGGGUGCGGGUCCCCCCAGCCCCCGCCGUACCGGAUGACCCGCAGGACGGCGGCGCGGUACCGCACCGGGUCCGCCUGCACGUGCGGGUUGGACAGGGCCCGGCGGAGCUCCCGCAGCGCCUCCUCGCCGCCCAGGUACGGCAUGGCCCCGGCACGGCCCGGCCCCUGACGCUCGGCCCGGCGGCCCCCCCGCGCCUCGCGCGCAUGCGCGGCGCUUCCCGCCAAAUUCGCUGUGAGGGGGCGCGGGGUCCCGCCCGCCAUGAGCGGGACGGUGCUGGCCGGGACUCCCAUCGCCGUGGACUUCUGGAGCCUGCGCAGGGCGGCCGGCGCCCGCCUCUUCUUCCUGUCCCACAUGCACGCGGACCACACGGUGGGGCUGUCCAGCACCUGGAGCCGCCCGCUGUACUGCUCCCCGAUCACCGCCCGCCUCCUGCACAGCCGCCUACGGGUGCCAACGUGCUGGAUCCGGCCGCUGGAGGUGGGGCAGAGCCACGUGCUGGACGAGGUGACAGUGACGCUGCUCGACUCCAACCACUGCCCCGGCUCCGUCAUGUUCCUCUUCGAGGGCACCUUUGGCACCAUCCUCUACACAGGAGAUUUCCGCUACACGAGCUCCAUGCAGGGGGAGCCGCUGCUGAGGGGCCGCCGCAUCGACCGGCUGUACCUGGACAACACGCACUGCCACCCGCGGCGGGCGCUGCCCUCGCGCCAGCUGGCCACGCGCCAGGCCGCCCGCCUCAUCCGCGCCCACCCGCACCACCACGUCGUCAUCGGUGUGUACACCCUGGGCAAGGAGGCGCUGCUGGUGGACCUGGCCGUGGAGUUCAGCACCUGGGUGGUGGUGAGUCCCUGGCGCCUGGAGCAGAUGCGGCUGCUGGAGCUGCCGGAUGUGUUCACCGCCGAGGAGGGGGCCGGGUGGAUCCGCGCCGUGGAUGUCGCCGAGAUCCGCUGGGAUACCCUGGUCACCUGGAACACGCUGCACCCCACCAUUGCCAUCCUCCCCACAGGCAGGCCUGUGAAAGUCACCCACCCCAAGAUCCACCCCAUCCCGUACUCGGAUCACUCGUCCUUUUCGGAGCUGCACGAGUUUGUGAAGUGGCUGAAACCUUGCUCGAUCAUUCCCAUUGUGAAGGGCAGCAUGUGCCAGGUUUACUUUCAGGAAUACCUGAGCUCUGCCCCCCAGGUACUUCCUGACCUCCAAGUCCCAAAGCCUUUGCCAGAGUCUGUGCAGCAGCAAAGCCAAAGGAGGGGGCAGGACCCCACGUGUCUCUGGAAAAGAGCUGCACGGCAUUCUGCACCCCAGGGGGUUGUUUUUGAGUCCCCAGAGAAAUACACUGAGAAACCUGAAGCAUUUACAGGUGCUGAGAUUCCUCAGCAGCACCACUGUGAGCCAGCUCUUUGCUCAAAAGAAGGUUGCACUUGUCACAGGGAUGAGGAAAAAGGGAAGGAAAAGCUGAGUGGGGAAGAGCUGGGAGCAGCAGGAGCAGCCACUGCUGUUAGCCAGGCACCUGUUUCCAAGGAGCACUUUACAGCUGGAUUUGCAGAGCAGUAUUUACUCACUCCCUUAAAUGUCUUAAAGCAGAAUUCCUCAUGGACGUUUGACAAGCUGGUACAAGACUUUUUUAGGAGGGGAGAAGUGCCCUGAAAAAUUGUGUGGCACUUGCUGGUGCCAGUAGCAGUGAUUCAUCCUGCUCUCCGUGCUCAGGUUUCCUAUCAGGAGAGAGGAGCUCAGCUAUGGGGCUCUACUUUCUUUAACUCUUAACAGAGGACAAGAGGAAACUAGAACAAGUUUUUAAACAUUACGUUUUUAAAAUUUAUUUAUUUUUUUAAUCUUUCUGCAUCUGCUGAGUCUCCAGUACAGGGGGCAGUGCAGUCCCACUGCCUGUGUGCCUCGUGUCCACCUUUUGCAGUGACUCACCUGUCCCCUGUGACAAAAGACACUGCCAGGUCGAUUCAAGCAGCACUGCAGAGGGUGUGAGCUGACUUCAGCUGAUGUUAUUAAUGUUUGGAAUGUGAUGAAAGAAGCAAGGAGGGGGAAUCUGAGAGCCCCAAGGACUCUUCUUUCUGCAUGUCUGUGAUGCUUCACUGACUGUGAAUGGUUCAUUCCAAGGUGCAUUUCGAAUGUUUUGUAUUAAGGUACACUUUUUAAAAUGCUGCUUAAAUCUAGAAAAUGAAGUGCCUCUAACUUUUAAUAAGCUCUUUUCUAUCUGUUAAUCUACUAAUACUUCCAGCUUUUGCAUCCAGCCAGCCAACUGCAGCUGGCUGUAGUUCUGCUCUCCUGAAAGCACCAUCCCAAUGUUUAUUGUCAGUGCUUUUUGAGGUUUCUGGCUGAGAAAAACAGGAAUUGUCUGGGCUCCUGAGUUGUAGAUAUCCUCUAUAUCCUCUGCAGUUUCUGGACUCUGCACAUCUAAAUUCUGCUUGACUGCAAAGCACUUCUGAUAACUGCCAGCAUUCUGCCUUCCCAUCCACUGCCUGCUCUUGUCACACAGUGGCAAAUGGAAUGGAAGAUAGUGAAACAUCUGCUUAGUGGUGUGAUCAGUCUUAGCAGCAUUGUUUGGAAAGAAGACUAAACAGCAAAAUUGGCUUUUAGAGGUCAGGCACUUUCCCACUCCAGAUCAACUCAGAGCCAGGCCUGGCACUUUGAAGUGUCAGUGGUGUAUAAGUCAUUAGGUACCCACUGCAGAGCCUGGAACACUGGAGUUGUCUGUGACAAACUGCGCUGCCAACAUUGCAAAUUGGCUCCUUGUAUGGUCAGGGCAGCAACACUGGAGUGGAAAUGGUCACUGGGCACUUUCCUGGAGCAACACACCAGCUGGUUCCUCAGCUCUCUCCAGCCUCCUUUUGUUACUUUCAAGGCAAAACGUUUCACGUGAUCAUGAGGAGGAUCAGAGCCUUCUGAACGUGGUGUCCUGGGAGGUCUGUCCAAGACCAAGCAGCCAGAUGGAUUGAAUUCCCUGAACUGAGCCAGAAAAGGAAGCCUUUGCCCUUGGAGCCAGGCCAGGGCUUGUGAAAAGCAAAGGUGGCUGUAGAUGCAGCCGUCACACCUGUCACAAACAGGGCUGUCAGGAGCAGGGAGGGUGUUGACAGCCACAGUGGAUAUGUUUGGAAAGUUGUUUGGCAAACAUGAAUCCUGGCUCCCAACCCUGCGCCUUCCCAGGCACAGCAGCUUUUAUCCCUGUUACAUAAGGAGUGCCUGUCCCUGGGCCUGCUGUGGCUCUGCCUUCCCUUCCCAAGGGAAGUGACACAGCAGUGUCCUACUCCUUCACAGGGGCAGCAAGGGCAGCUCGAGCUUCCUGCUGUGGCCUGUGUGUCCUGCUUUUCUUGGAGGUUUCUGUAUGGGUUAUUUGCUAAUCCAAACUCAGCUGCAGAGCUGAGGUGAGUGUGAGUGGAGACACCUGCACCUUUUGUAACGUGGAAAUGACAGUGCUGUGCUUGUAGUGUGCUGUCUGCUGCUGCUGCCUGGGAGAUGCAGGCUGUUAUUUAAAUGUUGUUGAAAUUUAAGUGACUCAUUUGACAGGCAGGGGAGUGAAGCGCUGCCUGUGCUCCCAGAUUUCAGGUCCUGCUCCUUGCAGCCUCUCCAGUGCUCAGGAGGAAUGCUCACCUUCUGAGUCACUGCUCCAUGAGGGCAUGUUGCAAAUGACCUGGGAGAUCUGAUGCAUUUCACUGCUGAUGCUUUGUGGCAUCCAGCCUUUCCUCUUUUAUUCUUAUCAACUAUUUAUUCAAGUAAAUGAAGGGGAGGACCUCCUGGUCAGCCCCCGGGCAAAAAGGAGUUGUAAAUGGUAAUUCCUCACAGAGGUAACUCUUGAUCUUUAAUCCCUCAAAAAUUAAUGAAAACUGCAGAGCCCUCAGAAGCUGCACCCCAUUUCUGCACACUUAGUUAAAGCUGCAGAAGAAAUGCUGGUGUCUUACUAGAGAUGAAAAGGUAAUUUCUGCCACUUGAGAAGGAAAUUAUCCAAAUCAUGCAGGGCCAAGGAAACCUAAAAUCUCUCUGUGGCUUUAAAAGGACAGAAGCAGGAGAGACUUGACCAACAGUCAAGUGUUGGAGAUCUUUGCCUCAGCACAGCAGGUGCAUGAGGCAUUUGAGUGCCAUGCAUUUCUUUCUCUCUUAGGCAUUAAAAUACUACUGUGUGUUAUUCUAAAAUCCUGAAAACGUGGCCUUGUGGGGAAAACUGGAGUUGCUGAGUGCAAGGUUUCUGAGCAUCCUUCAGCUUCCCCUGAAGUCAGAUGUGUAGAUGGGUUUAGCUGUGGACCUGCCAGUGCUGGGUUGGACUGCAUUUUCCAACCUAAAGGAUUCCAUGCAGUCUCCUGACAGUAAAUGUCUGGCCUCUUACAGGCCUUGUCCUCCCUCACUCUUGCCUCCAAAUUUUCCCUCUUUUCCUGCCCCCAGCCUGGCUCACAGGGCAGUGUUGGGGGAUCUGGAGCAUCGUGUCCCCCAGGGCCUGAACCUGCUGCUCCCAGCUCAGCUGCAGCACUGCUGCCACAGGUGUGUUUGCUCACAACAGUGACAGUGGGAAGCUGUAGCCAAGUAUUUGCUUCACUGUGGGGUGUCUGAGGGCCACAUGCUGGGAAACUUGCAGUUAUCCUGACAGGAAAAGAAAGUGCUCAGAGCAAAGUCCUCCCAAAUCUACACACACAGAGCAUGCUUGAGCUGCUUAUCUCUGUCCCACAGUUGGGAACCAAGCCCCAGUGGGGUGAAACAGCUCAGCCAAGGCCUUGCAGAGGAGUAAGGAACGAGCUGAGUUCCCUUUGGCAAGUUUUCAGUGCUGUUUUACCGAGCUGUGAUCAAAUGCUGGCAUGUUUUGAGGGCAGGCUCAUGGUUCUGGAGCAGGGCUGUCUGCUGAGCUCCCUCCAGAGCUGCCUGAGGAGGGACAAUCACUGCACCAUGGAGCAGUUCAGUUGGCUCUGACUGGAAAGCAUGAAGGGCUGGAGAGGAGAAAUUUGCUCUUUAGGCUGCUGUCAAGAGACUGAGGUAAAACUUGCCUGGCUCGUGCACUCUGUGGCAAACAAGUGUAAUGUCACUUUGCAGGGAACAUCUCAGAGCACUUCUCUGUCUGGUUUCUAACUCUGCUUCCCCUAAUACAAGGCUAAAGCACUUCCAACAACUUCUCUCUCCCCUGCUGCAGAGCUGCUGUCUCUUCCUGCAGCACAGGGACUUGUUUUCUAGAUUAAAAAAAAUAAAAGUGCAAUGAUGAAAUCUUUCCUUCACCAGAAAAUUAAUGAGUUUACAUAAUUUCCUCUAUGGUGUGUUGAGCUCUACUGGAGCUCAAGCCUAAAAUCUUUGGGUUUUUUUAAUUGAGUCUUCUGAAAGGUAGUAGAACAUGUUGAAAAGGUAGAAUCAGCUUGAUAAUUAUAUGAUAUGCUGCUUCAAGUUGUUAUGCUGCUGCUCAUGUAAACAGGAAGCUGUGAGAAUUUCUGAAGUUUUCAUAGAAUCCCAGAGUGGUUUGGGUUGGAAGGCACCUUAAAGCUCACCCCAUUCCACCCCCUGCCAUGGGCAAGGACACUUUCCACUAGCCCAGGUUGCUCCAAGCCCUGUCCAACCUGGCCUUGGACACUUCCAGGGAUGGGGCAGCCACAGCUUCUCUGGGCAACCUGUGCCAGGGCCUCCCCACCCUCACAGGGAAGAAUUCCUUCCCAAUAUCCCAUCUAAACCUACUCUCUUUCAGUCUGA